CUUUUGGAUUUGAUGGCUUCUUCAUCCCACAUUUUGGAGGAAGAGAAAGAAGAGAUAGAUUUGGAUGAUGAUUUUUUUAAAGACGGUUACCAUACUAUCACUAAAAAGGAAGAGAUGGAAUAUUAUUGUGCGGUCCAAGAAUCCCAGGGUUUUGAUGUACCAGAUUUUGGUACCGUUUAUGCAUUUAGUCUCAUCACUCCAAUGAAAUUGCAUGAGUUCCCGAGUAUGCUUAAAGAGGUUCAAAUCUCACCAAAUGAAGCUAUCAAACAUUACAACAACGAAAAUGGAACUAAUUUUGAACUGGUAGACAUUGUGAAGGCUAAUCAUUCGGGAUGUUGUGGCUCAAUGUAUUACAUCACAUUUAAUGUGAAGCCGAUUGGAACUUCGGUAGAAUUUCCCCCGAUAACCUUCCAAGCUAAAGUUUAUUAGGCUAUUCCUAUAAAAGAUAUUAUAGACGUCGAACUUUGCAGGCGGCCAAAGCCCUCUAAUUAGCUACCGAUAAGUUACUAAUUAUUUUUUAUCAUAUUAUUUUGUUUGGACAUGAGGUCUACUUUGUACUCAAGACUGUUACAUAAUUUUUUUUUUUUGAAACAA